AUGCCAUCAGAGCCGAAACAAGCCAUCAAAAUCAAAGGUCUGGAUGUACAAGAAUUCUGGCAGAAUAACCUUUCUAAAGCUAUCAGAGAUAUACAGAAUGAAUAUGAUACUAAAUUAGAUCUGAUGAGGCAAGAUUGUGAAACCAGAUUUGCAGCACAGAUGAGACAGGUUCAAUCUGGUGCAGUCAGAGAUAAUAUGGAGAAUAAACAGGCUAAAGAAGUCUCCAAAAAACUUCAAUCUCAGUUACAAGGUUCGUCAUCUAAAGUAGCUGAAAUGGAAGCCAAGAAUGGUGCUUUACAAGCGGAAAUGUCUCAGUUGAGAAACAUGAUUCAGGGUCUUGAAACAGAAUUAGAAUCUGAAAAAUCUGAACACAUGGCCAGUAAAUCUCGACUCCAGGCUGAACUAGAAGCAUGUGUUGAAGAACUAAGACUGAUUAUGGAUGCUAAACUAUCAUUAGAAUUAGAAAUAUCAUGUUAUAGAAAAUUACUGGAGGGUGAAGAGAACAGAUUCAAGAACCUUGUUGAAAAUGCUAUUUCCGUCCAGAAUAAAGGUGCAACCAAUCUGAGCAAUAUCAUCAUGGGAGGAGGAUCAACGUCUUCUUCAUCUUCAUCACCAACCGUGAGAACUAUGGGCAAUACAGGAGGUAUCAAGACCACUAUUAAAUCAUCCUCUACCAGCAUCAAUUAACUUACUCAAUGGAUCAGAUCGAUUAUAAAGACGCUCGUUUCAGCAGAUUAUAUUGUCGUUACUUACUUAACACAUUUUAUCAUUUUUAUUCUUAACAUAGAUCAGCAAAAUACUUAAGCUAACUUCUUUCAUUAGGCUUACUCUAUGUAACAUUAGGCCGACAUUAUGUAAACUGUCAAAUUAUCACAGAAAAAAAUCUUUUCACCCCGCGAUACAGUCUUCAUCAUAGCAAGUGAUAAAACACAGCAGUGUUAAACAAAGAUAUGUGAAUUUAGUGAACAUAAUUCUGUAAAAUAGUUCUUCAAUCUGAAAAGAUCUGUCUAUGUUUUUGAAUUUUUUACUUUUGUAAAACCCCUAUUAGAAAGAUAUAGCUUACACAUAUAUUUAUUUAGAUGUAUUGAUUAUUUUUUUUUUGUAAAAUAGAAUUGUAAAUAUUAAUUGUAAAUAUGUCAGCUAUUUAUAAAGAUAUAUUUUUGUAACUGGAGUUGUUUCCUUUAAAACAAGGUAUAACGUCUGUGACUAGCAAUUAUCCAGAAGUCUUUGAGGAACUCUUUCAGGUCAGGGAUACCGAUUCUCUCAA